GGCGGGGGCAGGACAAUGGAGGUGGCUGUGGAGAAGGCGGCGGCGGGCGCUGCGGGCCCGGCGGCGGCCUCCGGGGGCCCGGCGGCGGCGCCGAGCGGGGAGAACGAGGCCGAGAGCCGGCAGGGCCCGGACUCGGAGCGCGGCGGCGAGGCGGCCCGGCUCAACCUGUUGGACACUUGCGCCGUGUGCCACCAGAACAUCCAGAGCCGCGCGCCGAAGCUGCUGCCCUGCCUGCACUCCUUCUGCCAGCGCUGCCUGCCCGCGCCGCAGCGCUUCCUCAUGCUGCCCGCGCCCUUGCUCGGCCCCGCCGACACCCCGCCGCCCGCGCCGGCGCCCGGGUCGCCGCCCGGAGCGUCGCCCUUCGCCACCCAAGUUGGAGUCAUUCGUUGUCCAGUUUGCAGUCAAGAAUGUGCAGAGAGACACAUCAUAGAUAAUUUUUUUGUGAAGGACACUACUGAGGUUCCCAGCAGUACAGUAGAAAAGUCUAAUCAGGUGUGUACAAGCUGUGAGGACAAUGCAGAAGCAAAUGGGUUUUGUGUGGAGUGUGUGGAGUGGCUCUGCAAGACCUGCAUCAGAGCUCAUCAGAGGGUCAAGUUCACAAAAGACCACACUGUCAGACAGAAAGAGGAGGUGUCUCCAGAGGCAGUUGGUGUGACCAGUCAACGACCAGUGUUUUGUCCUUUUCAUAAAAAGGAGCAGCUGAAGCUUUACUGUGAGACAUGUGACAAACUGACGUGUCGGGAUUGCCAGUUACUAGAACAUAAAGAGCAUAGAUACCAAUUUAUAGAAGAAGCUUUUCAGAACCAGAAAGUGAUCAUAGAUACACUAAUCACCAAGCUAAUGGAAAAAACAAAAUACAUAAAAUUCACAGGAAAUCAGAUCCAAAACAGAAUAAUUGAAGUAAAUCAGAAUCAAAAGCAGGUGGAACAGGAUAUUAAGGUUGCUAUAUUUACACUCAUGGUGGAAAUAAAUAAAAAAGGAAAAGCUCUACUCCACCAGCUCGAGAGUCUCGCAAAGGACCAUCGCAUGAAACUUAUGCAACAGCAACAGGAAGUGGCUGGACUUUCUAAGCAGUUGGAACAUGUCAUGCAUUUUUCUAAGUGGGCCGUUUCCAGUGGCAGCAGUACAGCACUGCUUUAUAGCAAGCGCCUGAUUACAUACCGGUUACGGCAUCUCCUUCGAGCAAGGUGUGAUGCUUCCCCAGCGACCAACAACACCAUCCAGUUUUACUGUGAUCCUAGUUUCUGGGCUCAAAAUAUUAUCAAUUUAGGUUCUUUAGUAAUCGAAGACAAGGAGAGUCAGCCACAAAUGCCUAAGCAGAGUGCUGUCGUGGAGCAGAAUCCACAGCCACCAGGUGGCUUAUCUUCAAACCAGUUAUCCAAGUUCCCAACACAGAUCAGCCUAGCUCAGUUACGACUCCAGCAUAUGCAGCAACAGGUAAUGGCUCAGAGGCAACAGGUGCAACGGAGGCCAGCACCUGUGGGUUUACCAAACCCUAGAAUGCAGGGGCCCAUCCAGCAACCCUCCAUCUCUCAUCAGCAACCCCCUCCACGUCUGAUAAAUUUUCAGAAUCACAGCCCCAAACCCAAUGGACCAGUCCUUCCUCCUCACCCUCAACAACUGAGAUAUCCACCCAAUCAGAGUAUCCCCCGGCCCGCAAUAAAGCCCAACCCUCUGCAGAUGGCUUUCUUGGCACAGCAAGCCAUAAAACAGUGGCAGAUCAGCAGUGGGCAGGCUGCCCCAUCGACUGCCAACAGCACGUCCUCCACCCCGUCCAGCCCCACCAUCACCAGCGCAGCCGGGUUUGAUGGAAAGGCUUUUGGUUCCUCUAUGAUCGAUUUGAGUUCACCAUUGGGAGGGUCUUACAAUCUUCCUUCUCUUCCAGAUAUUGACUGUUCGAGCACUAUUAUGCUGGACAAUAUUAUGAGGAAAGAUCCCAACAUAGACCACGGCCAGCCAAGACCACCCUCAAACCGCACCGUGCAGUCACCGAACUCCUCCGUGCCGUCCCCUGGCCUGGCAGGGCCUGUCACUAUGACUAGUGUCCACCCCCCAAUACGCUCACCCAGUGCCUCCAGCGUCGGCAGCCGAGGAAGCUCUGGCUCUUCUAGCAAGCCAGCAGGCGCCGACUCUACACACAAAGUCCCAGUGGUCAUGCUAGAGCCGAUCCGAAUAAAGCAAGAAAACAGUGGACCACCACCUGAAAAUUACGAUUUUCCUGUUGUUAUAGUGAAACAAGAAUCAGAUGAAGAAUCCAGGCCUCAGAAUGUAACUAUUCACACCAGCUAUCCUAGAAGCAUCCUCACCUCUCUGCUCCUGAACAGCAGUCAGGGUUCUGCCUCUGAGGAGGCAGCCCCCAGGUCAGAUGCUCCAGACAGCACGGGAGACCAGCCUGGCCUCCACCAAGAAAGCCCUUCCAAUGGCAAGUCCCAGUGGCUGGACACCGCCCAGAAGUCACCCCUCCAUGUUGGAGACACGAGGAAAGAGGACGACCCCAACGAGGACUGGUGUGCAGUGUGUCAGAACGGAGGGGAGCUCCUGUGCUGUGAGAAGUGCCCCAAAGUGUUCCACCUGUCCUGCCACGUGCCCACGCUGGCCAAUUUCCCCAGCGGAGAGUGGAUUUGCACUUUCUGCCGAGACUUAUCGAAACCAGAAGUGGAAUAUGAUUGCGAUGCUACCGGUCACAGCUCGGAAAAGAAGAAGAGCGAUGGCCUUGGUAGAUUAAUGCCAAUUGAUAAAAGGAAGUGUGAACGGCUACUUUUAUUUCUUUACUGCCAUGAAAUGAGCCUGGCUUUUCAAGACCCAGUUCCUCUAACUGUGCCUGAUUAUUACAAAAUAAUUAAAAAUCCAAUGGACUUGUCAACCAUCAAGAAAAGACUACAGGAGGAUUAUUCCAUAUACACAAAGCCUGAAGACUUUGUUUCUGACUUUAGAUUGAUCUUUCAAAACUGUGCUGAAUUCAAUGAGCCUGAUUCAGAAGUAGCCAAUGCUGGUAUAAAACUUGAAAGCUAUUUUGAAGAACUUCUCAAGAACCUUUAUCCAGAUAAAAGGUUUCCUAAGGUAGAAUUCAGGAAUGAACCAGAAGAUAAUUUUAGUGAUGAUUCAGACGAUGACUUUGUACAGCCCCGGAAGAAACGCCUCAAGAGCAUCGAGGAGCGCCAGUUGCUUAAAUAGGCAGCACCACUGUCAUGUGCUGCACUUUGGACUGUUUUCGUUUGCGGUUUCAAGAACAUUUUGUCAGUGAUUACAACAUUACAAAGAAGAAUUUGUGACCACUCUGAUCUCUAAGUUUUUGAUGUUUACUAGACUUUGAUUUGCUUAAUGAUCCAUUUCUUUUAACCUCUUACGAAGGAAGGAAGGGAGAGCGAGAAAGAGAGAAGCAUCAACAAUGAAAUAAAAAGACAUUUUUCCCACUUCUUGGAUUUCGAAAUGGCAAUCUGGGGCUAUAGCUACUAUAGAAAGGAAAUAGACUUCGUAUAAACUCUUAAGUUGAAGUUUUAAUGUGGUUUGAAUGUGUGUGUUAAUCCAUUUUUAGAAAACUAAUACCACUACCCAUUAAUGACGGCCCGACCGUGUGAGUUCGGCGAGUGGUACUGAGAGCAGUACUCUGUGAACGUGAAUGGUAUGAGAGUUGUAUCCCGGGAAGCCGAUGGUGCCACGAAAGAGUAGAUGAGAUGCUGUUAAGAAGGCACCUAAUAGUAUAUCAUGUAAGAUGGCAACUGUAUUAAAGAAAAAUCAGGAAAACAAAUGUUUGGUUUUUGUUUCUACCUUGUAUACAGAGGCGUUUUGUAGAGCAGGUUUUCGAGGCUGUUUUUUAUAUGUUUCUAAAGCUAGACUUUCUUUAGCUUCGUCCAUGGAGGAAGUCAGCGUCCACACGUUUGGUUUUGCUGUGUAUCUCUGUGUGGCUGGUUGGUUGGUUUUUAGCUGUGCGGGUGGUCCUAAGGUCACCACAGUCCUUGUCGCAGUCUGACUUUUGGUGGAGCCACCCUAAGUUCCAGAUGCAGCCAUGGGUGCUGUACUUGCUGUGAGGGUUCUUCAUCAGAUUCCCUUUGGGUAUUAAAUAUAAGUCGCCCUGAAAGGAACUAGUUUCUGUGAGUUUCAAUUCGGAACGAAAGUGUGUUGUGGGAUUUGGGAGCAGGCAGUUGGGGGAAAUUAUAGUGAAAAUUAAGUGUUGUCUGAAGUAUCUGUUUCCUGUUUUUAAGAGUCAGAGUUUCAGAUCGAACCUUUAGUCUGCCUUAGCUCUGAGUUUCAUUCUCCCGAUAAACAGACACAAAGGGUUCAUCUUCUGAGGGCAAGGCCAGUGCUUCACGGGCCCGGCCCAGCUAGCGUGGCUGACUGACGGCACCUAGUCCUCUGAGGGCAGGCCGGUGCUUUGUGGGCCCGGCCCAGCUAGCGUGGCUGACUGACGGCACCUAGUCCUCUGAGGGCAGGCCGGUGCUUCACGGGCCCGGCCCAGCUAGCGUGGCUGACUGACGGCACCUAGUUCUCUGAGGGCAGGCCGGUGCUUCACGGGCCCGGCCCAGCUAGUGUGGCUGACUGAUGGCAUCUAGUCCUCUGAGGGCAGGCCGGUGCUUCACGGGCCUGGCCCAGCUAGCGUGGCUGACUGACGGCACCUAGUCCUCUGAGGGCAGGCCGGUGCUUCGCGGGCCUGGCCCAGCUAGCGUGGCUGACUGACGGCACCUAGUCCUCUGAGGGCAGGCCGGUGCUUCGCGGGCCCGGCCCAGCUAGCGUGGCUGACUGACGGCACCUAGUCCUCUGAGGGCAGGCCGGUGCUUUGUGGGCCCGGCCCAGCUAGCGUGGCUGACGGCACCUAGUCCUCUGAGGGCAGGCCAGUGCUUCACGGGCCCGGCCCAGCUAGCGUAGCUGACCGACGGCAUCUAGUCCUCUGAGGGCAGGCCGGUGCUUCACGGGCCCGGCCCAGCUAGCGUGGCUGACCGACGGCAUCUAGUCCUCUGAGGGCAGGCCGGUGCUUCACGGGCCCGGCCCAGCUAGCGUGGCUGACUGACGGCAUCUAGUUCUCACCCUUGUUGCUCAUUGCUUCCCAGGAUCGUGAACCGUCAAGGAAGGGAAUUCGGUUAGUGGAGGAGAAGAAAAUUGCUGUGCCAUUUGUUAAUCAAACAUUUGACUAAAUAUUUAUGCAGGAGUAUUUUUAGUUUGCCAAAGGAAACCUUUAUAAAACAUUAGUUGACUGAAGGAAAUUUCUUUCUCCUGGCCGAUAGAAUAGAAUAGAGCUGACGUGAAAGACCGCCAGCCUCUGGAUUGUCUCGUCUCCCGUUAACUCAUUGCUGAGGACUUGCUCUUACCCACAUGGCAUCACUUCUUAAAAUGGACAGCUUGCAGAUAUUCUAUAACUAAUUCACUGGGUUGUCAGGUACUGCAGAAGGUCAAAUACAAGGAGAACAUAACUUAUUCGCAACCGUUUCCCACUUUCUAUUUAGACUUAGGUCUUGUCCAGUAUGUCAGUUAAGUAUUCACUGUUAAAGUCUCAGUCACCUUUCCAAAUGUGUUGUUUCUUGUUGUUGUGCUGUUUUGAAUAUGCGUCUGACAUUUGUUCUCCAAAGACUAUUUGAACACAUUUUGAUAACAAUGCAUAUCGUUUAUUAAAAAAAAAAAAAAAAAACUUUGC